AUGUCGUCAUUGGUUGAGAUCUAUAGGGCUGUCCUCUUCUUCAUAGAUAAAGUAAGUAAAGUGCAUCAACCAACUUCCUAUUCACCCCUCCCAAACGAAAGCUCUAGAUCCAUAAACGACUGUGGGCAUCCGCUUCUCGUCGGCCCACCCGUACCCAACAACAAUGGAUCAUACCCAUCAUUCCGAGCCAAAGGGAAGCAUAGGAGGAUGUAG